GCUGCGGAAGGCUGGGCGGAGAGCUGGGGGCCCCGGGCGUCCGCGAUUCACGCCGCACUCCGGGAGGGGCCUGAGCGGGCGGGCGGGCGAGGAGGAGCGGCCGGAGAGCCCCGCGGGUCGGGACCAUGGGCUGCUUCUUCUCGAAGAGGCGGAAGGCUGAGAAGGAGCCGAAGAAGACCGAGGGCGGAGAGAAGCCACCGAAGCAGUACAGCUGGGACCAGCGCGAGAAGGUUGAUCCGAAAGACUACCUGCUGAGUGGCCUGAAGGAUGAAACAGUAGGCCGCUUACCUGGGAAAGUGGCAGGGCAACAGUUUCUCAUUCAAGACUGUGAGAACUGUAACAUCUAUAUUUUUGAUCACUCUGCUACAGUCACAAUUGAUGACUGUACUAACUGCGUAAUUUUUCUGGGACCCGUGAAAGGCAGUGUGUUUUUCCGAAAUUGCAGAGAUUGCCGAUGCGCAUUAGCCUGCCAGCAGUUUCGUGUGCGGGAUUGUAGAAAGCUGGAAGUCUUUUUGUGCUGCGCCACUCAACCCGUCAUUGAGUCUUCCACAAAUAUCAAAUUUGGCUGUUUUCAAUGGUACUACCCUGAAUUAGCUUUCCAGUUCAAAGAUGCAGGGCUAAGUAUCUUCAAUAAUACCUGGAGUAACAUUCAUGACUUUACACCUGUGUCAGGAGAACUCAACUGGAGCCUUCUUCCAGAAGAUGCUGUAGUUCAAGACCGUGUUCCUCUGCCUACCACCGAAGAGCUCAAGGCUGUCCGCAUUUCCACAGAAGCCAACAGAAGUAUCGUUCCAGUAUCCAGGGGUCAGAGACAGAAGAGCAGUGAUGAAUCAUGCUUAGUGGUAUUAUUUGCUGGCGAUUAUACUAUCGCAAAUGCCAGGAAACUAAUUGAUGAGAUGGUUAAUAAAGGCUUUUUCCUAGUUCAGACAAAGGAAGUGUCAAUGAAAGCUGAGGAUGCUCAGAGAGUUUUUCGGGAAAAAGCAGCUGACUUCCUUCCUCUUCUGAACAAAGGUCCUGUUAUUGCCUUGGAGUUUAAUGGAGACGGUGCUGUAGAAGGAUGUCAACUCAUUGUCAACGAGACAUUCAAUGGCACCAAGAUGUUCGUAUCGGAAAGCAAGGAGACAGCAUCUGCAGAUGUAGACAGCUUCUACAACUUUGCCGAUAUACAGAUGGGAAUAUGAAAUGCAGUGCGGAACCAAGAACUGGAUGUUAAGUCCUUUCCAAUUUGUGUAUUAGCAGUGGGUUUUACUAAUGCUAAAAUUGUUAAAGUUGACUUUUUAAUAAAUCAUUGAAUACUGCAUCAUCUACUUGACUUUCAAAAGUAGUUAAUUUUAAAUUAAGUAGUUUCAAUCAGCUUAAAAACUAUGUACCCCACUUCAGUAAGCUCGCAGUUUUGUUUCUCUGCAUAUGGUACUGUUAUUAGAAAACAAAAGUGGGUAACAGUUCAUGAUUUUAAUCCUAAUUAAAUGUUCUUUCAGAUCUCUAAUAAUUUAAACUUUCCUCAGUGCCCUGUGAUAUGUGUUUGAGAAUACAUUCCAUUGCUUAUUUUUUUUCUUUUUUAAUUUAGAGGGAUUUAUUACUAGUUGAUCAAUGAGAACAAACCUAUGCAUAUUUUUUUCAUAUAUACGUAUCCAGUUAAAUAAUUGCUUCCUAGGUGCAUAAUAUGGAGAAUGAAAUUUUGUACACAGAGUUGACAUAAUACUUUGUAAACUGAAUUUUUUAAAUUAAUAGGUAUUUGAUAACCAUUUUUACAAGUAACUCUACUAACUGAUGUUAGUAUAGCUGUUUAAAGACUACUUUGUGAGUAGAAUAAUUAUUUGAAUCAAUUCCACACUGUUUAGUUUUUGAAUACAGCUGCUAGAUGACUCUUCUGCUUCCUGGUAAGAAAAGGCAUAUGCAACACUAAAACUGUGAAAUUCCAAUCACCAGGCAGUUUUCCAGAAGGUGAUUACCAUUUUAUCAGCUCUUGAGGGCUAUUAGGAGAAUUAGAACAAAAUCUUGUGACAUUUAGGUAAGAAAUACUUAGGCAUGAUGAUAAGCUAUGCAGGUUAUUAAAAAGCUAGAUAAAUUUGAUUUUCAUUAGACAUGCCACUCAUAUCAAAUAAUGUUCAAGUAUGAUAAAAUUAUUUUGUUGCUUUAAAGCAUUAUUUUCUAAAUCAACUUGACCAAAAUAAUUUACCAGGAGGCAGGGGAGAGCUAACUGUUUAAAAAUCCACAUUCUUGGACCCAAUCCCCAGAUGCACGGGUUCAGUCUCCAGGAGAAACUCUGUUUUAAGGGGUUUGUAGUAAUCUAAAGUAAUCAGGUCAGAAGAUGUUGAUAGGUUGAUCAUGUGAGAAGGGACUGAACCUGCCAUCCACAUCACAUAUAGCAGCUAAUAGAAAAUUAGCUUUCAUAGGUCUAUUUUUAAAAGGAACCUUAAAUUUAAUUCUAUUU